GCGGCGCUGACGUGCACUACGCAAAACUAGUGUUUCUACCGUAAAAUCAUCAGUGUUAUUUGUUUAUACCUACUAUGGAUUUGAUUACAUGGCCCCAAGGAUUGACUGGCGAUUGUAUGUUCUAUUGAACGUGAAUGUGUGAAGUUCGAAACGAUUUAUAUUGUGAAACGAGUCGGCCGUGUUCGUUUAUGUGCUGAAUGGUGAUUAAAAGUAAUUUACUUUGCUUUUACGGUGUGCUCGGUGCGUAUCGAUCGUAUUGAAACAAAGCUGUGGAUUGUUUUGGCGGUUGGACUGAGCCGGCUAAGCUUAAGGUGUAUCGUGUUUCCUUGGAAGGCAUGGAGUGUUGAGUGAUGGUGCAUUCGUGCUGCUAACCAAGUGAUAGUGUUAACCAAAGUGCUAGUGCUGAAUGGAUUGUGUGGUUUUGGGAUUGUCAUCGCCAGUCACCGGUAGAACAAAUUGGGAACGGGCUACAAUGGUGUGUGUGUGUGCGUGGCUGCGGGGGGCGGCGGCGGGUUGCCGGCGCGCAUGGCGGCGCCAAUGAGGGAGGGCGCGCCGGCCGGCGGAGCUCGCCCCGCGCCCCACGCGCCCCACGCGCCUCACGCGCCCCACGCAAACUUCGAGUACGAUGACAACGAGUGGGACAUCGGCAUCGGAGACCUCAUAAUAGACCUCGAUGCCGACAUAGAGAAGACCGACGAGGCGGGCGGCAUGGCGGCGCGCGCCGAACCAGACGCGCAGCGCACCGCGCUCAAGAUGAAGAUCAAGCGCACCAAGCCCGGCACCAAGAGCUCCGAGGCAAAGCACGAGAUCGUUAAGUCGAACGAAAUGAACGGCGAGCCCAAGACGGCCGCCGCGGCCGCCGCUCCGCCCGCCGCCGCUAAGCGCACUGGCGGUCACCGGCGGGACAAGGCACGUGACAAGCACCACCAUCCCCACGCACCGCAUGACCUCAACGGCGUGCCGCGAGUGCCCCCGACGCCCAAUGCGCCCGGCCCACCUGCGCCAUCGCAGCCUGCGCCGCACGCGCCCCACGUACCACAUGUAGCCUCUCACGCGCCGACUCAGCCGCCCAAGCCGGACUCGAGGCCGGCGGCCCCGCGUGUCGAACCCAAGCCGUCACCGGCAUCAGCGCCCGCGAUACCCGUCCCUGUACCUCCCCCACCGCCCGCGCCCGCGCCUGUCGCCUCACCUGCCAAGCCCGAGCCCGACGACUCCCGGCAAGAACCACCUAGUUCGCAACCGCCUGCAAAGAAACAGAAAACUGAGUCAAAGGAGACUGCGGAAGUGUGUGUAGGCACAUCGGUGGGGACGAUCACCGAGCCAGACUGCCUGGGCCCAUGCGAGCCUGGUACAUCGGUCACACUGGAGGGCAUCGUGUGGCACGAAACGGAAGGUGGAGUGCUUGUGGUGAAUGUGACAUGGCGAGGGAAAACUUACGUGGGCACGCUGCUCGACUGCACGAGACAUGACUGGGCACCGCCGAGAUUCUGCGACUCACCGACCGAGGAGUUAGACGCGCGGACGCCAAAAGGUCGCGCAAAACGUGGCCGCGGUGCCAACCCCACAGACAUGACAAACUUCACAGAAACCCGUUCGUCGGUUCACAGCAAACUGCGAAAUGGCGGGGCAAAGGGACGGCGGGCCCUCCCAUCUCCGACGCCCUUCACUCCCCCACGACCAGACUCUAAGAGGAAACGCAACUCGGAGGCAGAGGAACGACCCCCCACUCCCAAGGCAAAACGACCCCCACCAACCCCCUCGUCACCCCCACCGGACCCCGUUCUCCUAGAAUGUCCUGAACCGAAUUGCUCCAAAAAGUACAAACACGCAAACGGCCUUAAAUACCACCGGUCGCACGCGCACGGGACUCCUGAUGACGAAGACAAAGACGGUUCAAGUUCUGAACAGGAAGAACCCACACCAGAACCGAGUUCCCCGGCCCGGCCGCCUUCGGAGCCGGCGACCCCGUCCACUCCUGUCAAAUCUCCUACCCCGACCAAGUCUCCUGAAGAGAAAAGCGAUAAGAGUGAGGAGAAAUCUCCGGAAAAGGCGGAACCUGUAGAAUCACCGCCUCAGCCUCGGUUCGAGGAGUUCGCGGUGACACCAGAGCCCACCCCUCCGGCGGAACCGCCUCAGACACCGCCCGCCCCGGCCACGCCGCCACCUGAGGCUUUACCCUUGCAGCCUACACAGUUCAAGGUAAAACCACGAUCAGCCCUGAUGCCUUCAGAUGAACGAAAAUCGACCGAGUCUCCUCCAGACGAGUCCCCAGGAAAGCGGCGGGCUCGCCGCUCGCCGACACCUGGGGUCCGAUCCCCGGCCUAUUCAGACAUAUCAGAUGACAACGCCCCUACAGAGGGAGCCCCUGAAAAUGAACCUCAGCAUCGACCCUUCCCAGUGUUCCAUCAGUACUAUGGCCAGCCACCGUAUCUGCCCCCUACGCACCCGGCGAACCAGCCGCCGCCUCCCAACUCGGAUAAAGGCAAGGAAGACCUUAGUAAGGGAGAUCCUAAAGUUGAUCACAAGGACGGAAAACCAGAAAGCGGACAGCAAAAAGUACUUCCACAGCACUUCUAUCCAUACAACUACGUCCCGAAUUUUCCAUACAACGUAGAAACGGGUCCGCCGCCAGGACCCCCUCUAGAUGACAAGGGAAAAGACAUGGACAGAUCGAAGACCACACCUAGCCCUCUGGACAAAAGCAAGCCUCGACCGGAUGGGAAAGAGCCUCCCAGACCAAAUGAUACGCAUCAGAUACUGAAAGAGAGCAUUGAGAUGAAAAACCAAAUGGGUCCCUAUGCCUUCCAGAGGCCACCUCACGCGAGAGAAGAGGAAUUGAGAAGAUACUAUAUGAGCUUAGAACAGCGACGUAAAGAGGGGAGCGACUCUAAAUCGGGACCAGGGUCUGUAGGACAAGGAGGGGGGUCAGGACCUGGAGGGCGGCCUCCGCAGCCUGCACACAAGAUGAAGGACAAAGAUGACAAGCCUAAGGAGGAGGUUAAGGUGAAACAGGAAGGCCAGAAGCCGACGACAGAGACGCAGGGUCCGCCCCCACCGCCCACGUCCCAAUACUACCUCCCGCCCUAUAUGCAAGCCCCGCAUUACGGCGCUCUACCCUUCGACCCCGUCUAUCGGGCCCCUUUGAGUCCCAUGCUGGUCCCUGGUUUCGGGGGCGGUUGGACGGUCCCGCGGUACCACGCCCCGGAAGACCUGUCCAGGCCGGGGGCGCCUUCGAAACUGGACUUACUUCCCCCCGGCCAUGGGGCGCAGUACUACGGCCCGCCCCACUCCGCCCCUCACAAGAUUCACGAGCUUCAAGAGCACGCGAAAUCCCCGCAGGGCAAACCUCCUCGUCCGGAGCCCCCCAAGGAGUCCCCGCGCUCCCCCCCACCGCAGAGACACGUCCAUACCCAUCACCAUACCCACGUGGGGCUCGGAUACCCGCUCUACCCUCCGCCUUAUCCAGGUAUGAACGCAAACAAGGGCUCGAUAGCAUCAGGCCGAUAAGCGGCACAGUCCCGCGCAAGUAUAGCGAUACGCUAAAGAUAGCAUUCGGGAAAGAGAUGAGUAGAAUCGCUCUAAUACAGGAUUGUGUGUUGCAGCAGCGGCCGUGCUAGCGAGCACGCAGGCGGUCGUCAACUCCUUCCCGACUCCCCCUAAAUGAGGGUAGUCGUGCGACAGAUUGGACUAAUUUCGUAACUACCCUCCCGGGUAGCAAUGACAGUGGACUAAACAUAGUGAAGUCGAUGGACAUGUGAACUAUCUAUGCCAAUAGCCAUAAUAAAUACUGUGAUCUCGUGUGAAAAUGUGCUUCGAGUGUGAGUGAACUGAUAGUUACCCGAGUGCUUAACUCAGUGUAUGUGUACCGAAGGACGGUGUGUGCGCUUAGACUCUCUCGACUAGUGAAUGCACAAACUAGUUUUGUACAUAUUAGUGUAACGUGUAAAUUACCUAUUAGUGUUUCGUAUUUUAAAACAUCGAAUACCGGGCAUUGUACUGAAAUUUGAAGCCCCUGAAACGUAAGAUCUUUAUUUAUGAGCAUUCCACAAACAAAUGGAAACAUACCUAGAUGUAUAAUUAAUAUUAGUGUUGUUUUAAAGGCGUCAAUGUGAUGAUAUCGAGUCAUAGAGUGCACAAAUUACCCGAUGAAUGACUAUUUAUAUUGUAUUAACGUAGAGAGCAUCCUAUAGACCGUGGAGUGUGACGCUGUGCGUAUGUAUGUCUGGCUUUUAAUGAUAAUGUAUUAAAUCUCAUAGUUCGAUAUCUCGUACGAGGAAUUAGGGGUUCUAUGACUUCCGUGCACCAUAGUUAAGGACUGUAUUUUUCUGCAACGUUAUUUUUAUCGAUAAAAUUCUUAUUCUGAAUAUUCCGUUAAAACAGUCUUCCAUUUGAGCAUCAGUCGGGGUUUUUAUAGAGCUAGGUGUAGUAAAGAACAAUGACCUAUGUGAUACAAAAAUUCGAUUAGUUUACUAAAUUGUUAACCUGUAAGCUUUAAACAACAUGAUAGUUUAACUAGCCGUUAUACUCGGCUCACAGUGAAAGGCUAUCGUACUAAUUCUCACCUUAUGCUGGAUAAUACAGAUAAACACUUCAUAACUGCGUAUAGAUAUAAAAUUAUGCUCUCUGGACGUCUAUGGUCGACUUACAAUUUCCGGGGCCCAGCCCAUUGUGUUCGUUAACUCUUCCUAGAAACAUUGUUGUCUUGUUGGCACGUUUAAAUGUUACUGGUAAUAUUAAGUAAUGGCGAUUGUGACGCGCCGAUUUGCAUUUCAAUAUGUAGUUAUAUUUCAUAGUUGGGAGCUAAACAAUUGCUUCCGAUUUUAGACGUUUAUUUAAAGAUAAAAUUUCUGUCCUAAUGCCUUGUUUGCUUUCCUGCGCUAAGCGUAGCAUCAUCAGUGUGGGAAGCGAUUGUGGAGCUCCACUCGCUAUUUCAACUUUAGUCAAUGUACGCUUGUACCUGUUUCUGAAAAUAAAAUUAGUGGCCUAAAUUAUGUUUUAACCAGUGAUUUGAGUAAAUGUAACUUUUAUUUUCGUGUAUUCAAAAUGUAUGAUCUCGUACAACGCGGUGCAUUGAUUGUUAUAGACUGAAAUAUUUAAUGAUUGGGCACGUUGUCUAUGCUUUCAUUAUUUUGUACCAAUCGGUUGCACAGAGAGCGUUGUAUUAUAGUAUCGAUUAUAUACAUUUGUGUAUUUUUUUCAUGUAACUAAAGCAAAGUUUGAUUUUCUUAGAAAAGAAAUUCGAGACGUUAAAAAGGAAUAAAAAUAAUUUAUUUCUUA